UAGUACCAGUCAGUGUGUCUCCAUUCUCGUUUGCUAUGACACGCGAAACGGCCAAUCCACCUGUGGCCGCGCCAAGGACGAAAAAGGUUAGAAAUCCCGCUCCUUUGCCUCCACCGCCGCCGCCACCAUGCCUCCACACACCAGUGGAAUUUACAGAGGAAAGUCCUCCACCUCCUUAUGCCAAACGCGAAAAGAAAGGUAAAAAAGCUCCAAAACCACCGGUUCCAGAAAAACCUUGCCUAAAAAUCGAGAUUAUUGGAAGUUGCAGUCCCACAGAAACUCAAUCCUUGUCCGACGAAAUAUUAACUGUUGCCGUUUUAACCGAAGUUGAGGAUAAUUUAGUGGAGACUGCUGCAGAAGAAAAAUGUUUCGUUUUGCUUGAAACCUCGGAGCCGACGGAAGUAAAUCUCACUGACGAGAAUGACGAGGGCGGAUUGCCUAAUUAUGAUUUUAAAUCAUUGGACAGCGUGGAGCGUUCUGAAAAUCAUGAAAAUUUUGGGCAAGAAGUGAAUGAUAUGCAGUUGGAAAAUGAUCAAGGCGCGGUUUUCUUUGAAACUGACGCCUAUGUGGAAAAUAUCGUCGUGACGGAAAAUGAGGAAUUUUCAAAGGCGCCGAAAAUUAUUGACGAAAUUCUGAAACCUGUUGAAGAAAUACUUGUUCUGGACGAGAAUUUUGAUUUAAGGCCUCCUUCUUUUAUCCCUUUGACCGAGGAAGAAGAAAAUGAGCCCGUUUCCGGGCUGACUCUGAUCAACGCGGGGCUACCUCCAGUCUCGGGUUUGCCACCAAUUCCAGCCACACCUGUUGAGUCAAAGAGCAUUUUCAAAUUUUACACACCCUCACAAUUCAACCCCAGGGUUAACUCGACGGGAGCUUUUAAGGUGAAACCUAUAGAUUUUGGUCUUCCAAAGCCCAUAGAACAGGUUGCCGAAAGCGCUCUCGGUGACAAUAAACAAAAAAUUAUGGAACCUGUCAUCGAUGAAAAAUUAGAAAAUCAGACUUUGGAAGAGACGAAAACGAGCACCAAAGACCAACUUCUUUUGAGCUUCGAUAGCAUCGACGAACCGGAAGAAACAUUAGAAAUUGAUGAUCAGGCUGGGAGUGAGGAGAAUCUUCAAAAACUACCUGAAACAAAGGCACCGGCUGAAAUAAACAACCCAUUGAAAAUUUUAAUCGACGAGGUUGAGGAUGACAUUUUUGGCAUUGCUAGAAAAGACGGAGGCACUUUUUCGGUGGCUGCUAUUUCUCCUAGAGAGAACCAGGGCACGGAAACGAUCCAUCAAAAUUUCAAUAAUUUCACAAAACACAUGUUAGCGAAUGACUACAUUUUGAUUGAGGCUGGAAAGCAGCCUAUCAAUGCAGAGGAAAAAUCUAAUUCGAAGGCAGGCGGUGCGUCAAACUGGGUGAUUGAAAAGUGCGAAACUAUUUUGGAGGAGAGAGCUUUUGACGUCGACUGGGGUCAAUUUUCGGCCAACGGCGAAAAGGAAUCUCCAAAUAAAGAUUUUAAUGAGCAAUUAUGGCCGGUCGACUACGACGCUUUGUACGACAAUCAGCCAAAUGAGCCGCACUCUGCCCCGGAAGUUGAAUUAUUAUCGGAGAAAAUUGAAAGCAAUGUAGAGCGAAAUGAUGAGGCAGAGGAAAAUAAUCCACCAAAGGAAGAAGAGGAAUGCGAACCAGUUCAAAUAACGAAUGCUUUGAUCCCUGACGUGACUGAGGAGAUUUUUGCAGAAUCGGAAGAAGCUGCAGAAAAUAAUGACGAGGAAAAAUCAGCAACUGAAGAGCCGCAAAACCCAAAUGAGCGUGAAGUCCGUCUUGAAAAAUCGUGGGGCAUACUCGGACUUCGUCUAGAGGUGACAUGUUUGGAGGAAGAUGAAGAGUUUGCGGUCGUCAUCGCUGAGGUGAUGCCUGGAGGAGCGGCAGAGCACGAGGGCACAUUAAAACCCGGAGACCGAAUAUUGGCAGUGAACGGAUCAGCGGCGGGCUCUCUUGAAGAGACGGUGCGUCUGUUCCGAAUCGGCCCCGAUGUGGUGCAGCUGCGAAUUUUGCCCGAUGCCGCCGCGACCGUAGAAAUGGGCUCCAAUGUGAGCUGCGAAAAAGGACUUCACAGGCGCAGCGUGUCCAGCGGACACAUCGAUGCGCCCCUUCCUCGCACUUCCAAAGUGGCUCACUUGGCCAACCACAACGGAAGCCAAACGCUGAAUAAACACUGCGCCUCUCUGCCGGACUACUUGGACAGGGAGAACGACCCUGAGAACAACAACCGGGUCAACAGCCAGCUCAACAUGGAGCUCAAACUGCACUCGUUGCUGCCAAGAGACAACGGCGCCCCGGAGCGUCUGCCACCUUUGCUGCUACCUCCGCCGCCACUCUUCCACGACGCGGUCAACGACCAGGGCUACGGCUCGGAAAGGUCGCCUGAAGAAGAAAAGAUACCUCUGCUUCUUCCCAAAUACCCUUUCAUAACUCAAGAAAAUGUGUUCGAAGUUAACUUGUCUAAAGGAAGCAGGGGGCUCGGCCUUAGUGUUACUGGAGGUGUAGACUGCGCUAAUGAGCCCUGGCCAGGGUUGAUUAGGAUAAAGCGACUGUUCCCUCGCCAGCCAGCCUGGCAGGACGGCAACCUGGCUCCAGGUGACGUCCUUCUUGAAGCCAACGGCAUUCAUUUGACUGGCAUGACUAACUAUGAGGCACUUGAAGUGCUGAGAACUACCUCAGUAGACGUGACGCUGAAAGUGUGCCGGCCACCAGCGGGAGCAGGACUGCUUUCAGUUGAUCUCGAUGAAAGCGAAAUCAAACCACUUGGGUCUAAUCUGAGACUAAAUAUUCCUCCUCCGGAGCACAGUGACGAGAGCAACGACGAAGGGGACGGAAACCAUUCCAAAGAUAAGGGACCUGUUAGCGGAGAGUUUACUAUUACAAUUAACAAAAUUGAGAAAAGUCUGGGAUUCACUCUCUGGAAGGAAGACACUAGUAGACUGGGACACUAUGUGCGAGCUUUGGUGAAAGAGCCCGCAGUGAGUGACGGCAGAAUUAGGCCUGGUGACAAAAUAAUGGCUGUGAAUGACGUUGAGUUUUCUGAAUUGUCACACGAAGAAGCGGUUGCCUUUCUGCGAAAGUGUGGAGAAGUCGUCACGAUCAAGCUCUACAGAGAUGCUGCACAGACGCCUCUUUCGAUCCUCUCGCCCACCGAAGGCUUCAGAACGUUUCCUCGGACAAGGCCUAUUCUCAGGAAAGAGGCCAUGGACAUGCUGAACGAUUUGGCAGGCAAGAAGCACGGUUCGCCCCACGACUCUGACCGCAACCGCAGAGCUUCAGACGGUCAACCUCACAAACAUUUUCCUCCAAAAAGUUCUUCCCCUAGAAGGAAAAAGCUCCAGACACCCCCUAGCCAAGGAGAAAAGAAAGUGGUGGAAAAAACAGCGGCUCUAGAUGUGACUGACGCAUCAGGACGAGCUGCUCUCCAACUCAGCCUACAAGCUCUUGCUGAUGCAAAAAAUGAAGAGAACCAGUCUCGAAGCAGCAGCAGGCCGGUCUCGUUAGAUCUCAGCACACCUUCCAGUGUUCGAAAACAAAAGUUCCAAUUUAUAUCGCCGUCAUUCAGUGGCGAGGAAGACGAGGAUGACAGUUCCAUAAUUGCAGGCCUGAGUCCCCCCAAUGAAUACCCUGGGCCUAGCAGUUUAGUGUCGCAGCCUGCCAGCAUGCCUCCGAUGAAUUUGGAGGCCUCGUCGUACCGAAAACCCCUGUACCAGAGCGCAAAUUUUUCUGCCACACAGUCACCUUCCUUGUCCGCCUCUUCGGACCAGGAAAUUUCUCAAAAGCAGCAAAAUCCUCAUGGUUUGCUCAAGUGGAAGGGGGUCAUGUUGAACCCCCUUUCGAAAGCCUCCACUCCAGCCACGCCAGUUCAGAAACCGCCGCCGACAAACCUUGACAACGUUGACGGAGAGGUUCUGGUUGUCGAGUUGAGUCGAGGCUGGAAUAGUCGGCUUGGCUUUACACUGACUGAGGCCGAGGGUGGAAAAACAGUAAUAAAGCAGAUUUACCCUGAUAGUGUUGCUUACAAAGACGGUCGGCUGAAAGCAGGGGACCAUGUUGUCAUGGUCAAUGACGAAAAUAUGGAAGUUCUACCCACAGCCGAAGUUAUUGACUUGGUGCGCAAAAUUCGUGGAUCUGUAGCCAUCACCGUGGUUCGGCCAAGGAAGGAAGAAUAGCUCAUUUGAGAAAUACUUACGAAUAUUUACACAUACAUUUUCAGUUAAAGCCUAUUGCAUAUCUGCUCCGAAUUAGCCAUAAUACCUGAUUGUUAUUUGGCAAGGUCAGUUAAUCAUUGAAUGCUGCGAGCUUCAAAGAAUCCCAUCAACUAAGUCAUUAUAAUAUAGAUCCAAACUUUAGGACACAUUCUGAUUUUAUAGGCAGGAGAAAAGUUAAGUGUUUAUGAGAAUUUAUAGAGAGCAGACUCUUGCUGAUUAUUAAAUUGCAAUGAAGUUUCAGGAGAGUUCCAAUUUUGGACUACCUUUAGAGAAAUGAGCACCUGUGCAAGAUAUGGGUAAUGGCUGGGGAAAGCACAGCACUUGCGCUCAUUCAGCCUGUUAUUGAAAAAGGAAAAUGUAACUAAAAGUAGGCUUGCCUGGCACCAUUGUGUAA